CAGAAGGGGGGUUCGGCCAUCUCCAGCCCUGUUUGCAUGUGCGGGGGGCCGCGGCGCGGAGCUCCCGCCUCCCCCAGCACCCGGUUGUUUUUCGGCACCUCCUGCGUCUCCGCGGCGGCGGCGGCGGCGGGGGCACCAUGGCGAGCCCCCCGGAGACCGACGGCUUCUCGGACGUGCGCAAGGUGGGCUACCUGCGCAAGCCCAAGAGCAUGCACAAGCGCUUCUUCGUGCUGCGGGCGGCCAGCGAGGCGGGGGGCCCCGCGCGCCUCGAGUACUACGAGAACGAGAAGAAGUGGCGGCACAAGUCGAGCGCCCCCAAACGCUCGAUCCCCCUGGAGAGCUGCUUCAACAUCAACAAGCGGGCCGACUCCAAGAACAAGCACCUGGUGGCCCUCUACACCCGAGACGAGCACUUUGCCAUCGCGGCCGACAGCGAGGCGGAGCAGGACAGCUGGUACCAGGCCCUCCUGCAGCUGCACAACCGUGCCAAGGGCCACCACCACCACGACGGCGGCGGCGGCGGCGGUGGCGGCGGCGCUGCGGGCCCGGGCGGCGCUGGGGGAGCCGGCGGGGGCAGCUGCAGCGGCAGCUCCGGCCUAGGGGAGGCCGGCGAGGACUUGAGUUACGGGGAGAUGCCUCCAGGACCCGCGUUCAAGGAGGUCUGGCAGGUGAUCCUGAAGCCCAAGGGCUUGGGGCAGACAAAGAACCUGAUUGGCAUCUACCGCCUUUGCCUCACCAGCAAGACCAUCAGCUUCGUGAAGCUCAACUCGGAGGCUGCGGCUGUGGUGCUGCAGCUCAUGAACAUCCGACGCUGCGGCCACUCGGAGAACUUCUUCUUCAUCGAGGUGGGCCGCUCGGCCGUGACGGGCCCCGGGGAGUUCUGGAUGCAGGUGGAUGACUCGGUGGUGGCGCAGAACAUGCACGAGACCAUCCUGGAGGCCAUGCGGGCCAUGAGCGACGAGUUCAGGCCGCGCAGCAAAAGCCAGUCGUCGUCCAACUGCUCCAACCCCAUUAGCGUCCCCCUGCGCCGGCACCACCUCAACAACCCGCCGCCCAGCCAGGUAGGCCUGACCCGUCGCUCACGCACCGAGAGCAUCACCGCCACGUCCCCGGCCAGCUUGGUGGGCGGCAAGCAGGGCUCUUUCCGCGUCCGAGCCUCCAGCGACGGUGAAGGCACCAUGUCCAGGCCUGCCUCGGUGGACGGCAGCCCCGUGAGCCCCAGCACCAAUCGGACCCACGCGCACCGGCAUCGGGGCAACUCCAGGCUGCACCCCCCGCUCAACCACAGCCGCUCCAUCCCCAUGCCGUCCUCACGCUGCUCGCCCUCUGCCACCAGCCCCGUUAGCCUGUCGUCCAGCAGCACUAGUGGCCACGGCUCCACGUCGGACUGUCUCUUCCCGCGUCGCUCCAGUGCCUCGGUGUCCGGCUCGCCCAGCGACGGCGGCUUCAUCUCCUCCGAUGAGUACGGUUCCAGCCCUUGCGAUUUCCGCAGCUCCUUCCGCAGCGUCACCCCAGACUCCCUGGGCCACACCCCACCCGCCCGUGGAGAGGAGGAGCUGAGCAAUUACAUCUGCAUGGGAGGCAAAGGGCCUUCCACCCUCGCCGCCCCCAACGGACACUAUAUUCUGCCCCGGGCGGGCAAUGGACAUCGCUACAUCCCCGGUGCGGGAGGAGCCGGCCUGGGCUUGAGCCCGGCCCUGGCCACGGAGGAUUCGGGUGCCAGCGAUCUGGACAAUCGCUUCCGCAAGCGGACCCACUCGGCGGGCACCUCGCCCACCAUUUCCCAUCAGAAGACCCCCUCGCAGUCCUCGGUGGCAUCCAUCGAGGAAUACACGGAGAUGAUGCCCGCCUACCCACCAGGAGGGGGCAGUGGAGGCCGGCCUCCCGGCUACCGGCAUUCGGCCUUCGUGCCCACCCACUCUUACCCCGAGGAAACCCUGGAAAUGCAUCCCUUGGAGCGCCAUGGAGGCCACCCGCGCCCCGAUCCCUCUGCCCAUCACCGCCCGGAUGAUGGCUACAUGCCCAUGUCUCCUGGCGUGGCCCCCACGCCCACCAGCCGCAAGGGCAGUGGCGGUGACUACAUGCCUAUGAGCCCCAAGAGCGUGUCGGCCCCUCAGCAGAUCAUCAACCCCAUCCGGCGCCAUCCGCAGCGAGUAGACCCCAAUGGCUACAUGAUGAUGUCGCCCAGUGGCAGCUGCUCUCCUGACAUCUCCGGGGGCCCCAGCGGUGGCAGCAGCAGUGCCACCCCUUCAGGGGGUAGCUAUGGCAAAUUAUGGACGAAUGGGGUGGGAGGCCACCCUUCCCCCGCCCUGCCGCAUCCCAAGCUACCCGUGGGGAGCAGCAGCGGGGGCAAGCUCCUGUCGUCGUGCGCCGGAGACUACAUGAACAUGUCCCCUGUGGCGGACUCCACCACCAACAGCCCUUCCGACAGCUACUACGUUCAGGAGGAACCCCAGCAUAAGCCGGUCCUGUCCUACUGCUCCUUGCCCAGGUCCUUUAAGCACACCCAGCGCCCCGGGGAGCUGGAGGAGACAGUCCGACACCAGCACCUCCGCCUCUCCGCCAGCUCUGGCCGCCUGGUCUACACCGCGGCCCCUGUGCCCGAAGAUUCCUCCUCCUCCACCAGCAGUGACAGCCUGGGUAGCGGGUACUGUGGGGUAAGGCCGGAGCCUGGCCUCCCUCAUCUCCAUCACCAGGUCCUGCAGCCCUACCUGCCCCGGAAGGUGGACACAGCCGCCCAGACCCACAGCCGCCUGACAAGGCCCACACGGCUGUCUCUGGGGGACCCCAAGGCCAGCACCUUGCCGCGGGCCCGAGAACAACAGCAAUUGCCCCCUCAGCCCCCUCUGCUGCACCCUCCCGAGCCUAAGAGCCCUGGGGAAUAUGUGAAUAUUGAAUUUGGGGGUGACCCACCUGGCUACCUAUCGGGACCCGUGGCUUCGCACAGCCCUCCUUCUGUCUGCUGCCCAGUCCCGUUGCAGCCCGCACCGCGGGAGGAAGAGACGGGCACAGAAGAGUACAUGAACAUGGACUUGGGGCCCCGGAGGGCAGGCUGGCAAGAGAGCUCUGGUGUUUCAGUGGGCAGGGUGGGGCCGGCCUCUUUGGGUACCUCGAACAUGUGCAGGCCCAUCCGGGCUGUGCCUAGUAGCCGGGGUGACUACAUGACCAUGCAGGUGACUUGUCCCCGGCCAAGCUAUGUAGACACCUCUCCUGUAGCCCCCAUCAGCUAUGCUGAUAUGCGGACAGGGGUCGUGGUGGAGGAGGUGAGCCUUCCUGGGGACACAGCGGAUGCUCCAUCCUCAUCUUCUGCCUCUACUUCCCCCACUGGGCCUUCUACAGGAGUUGGGGAGCUGGCUGGGCACUCUUCCCUGCUAGGGGCCUCCCAAGGACCUGGAGCUAUGAGCGCCUUCACCCGGGUCAACCUCAGUCCCAACCGCAACCAGAGUGCCAAAGUGAUCCGGGCGGACCCACAGGGGUGCCGAAGGCGGCACAGCUCCGAGACCUUCUCCUCUACGCCUAGUGCCACCCGGGCAGGCAACUCGGUGCCCUUUGCAGGGGGUCCUGCCCUAGGGGGUGGCAACGGAGGCUGCAGUAGCAGCAGCAGCAACAGCAACAGCGAGGAGGUGAAGCGCCACAGCUCUGCUUCCUUUGAGAAUGUGUGGCUCAGGCCUGGGGAGCUUGGGGCAGUCGCCAAGGAACCUACUCAAGUGUGUGGGGCUCCUGGGGGUCUGGAGAAUGGUCUGAACUACAUAGACCUGGACUUGGUCAAGGAUUUCAAACAGCGCCCCCCAGAGCGCCCGCCUCAACCACAGCCUCCCCCACCCCCAGCCCCUCAUCAGCCUUUGGGCAGCAGCCAGAGCAGCCGCCGCUCCAGUGAGGAUUUAAGCGCCUAUGCCAGCAUCAGUUUCCAGAAGCAGCUAGAGGACCGCCAGUAGCCCGACUGGACAUCACAGCAGAAUGAAGACCUAAAUGACCUCAGCAAAUCCUCCUCUCACUCAUGGGUACCCAGAUGCUAACUAUUUCGUGAUUCACAACCAGGACCUCACAUCUUCCUCCUCAGUAGAUGGUACGAUGCAUCCAUUUCAGUUUGUUUACUUUACACAAUCCUCAGGAGUUCCUUGACUGAACUGCACGUUCUCUAUUGUGCCAAGAAAAAAAAAAAAAAGCACUGUGAUACCAGAACAAUAAGUCUGCUUUUACUUCAUCGUCAACCUUAAGGGACUUAGCCGGCCACACGAGCAGUUGUGUCCAGCACCACCAUGCCACGAGAGACUGGGUUUACUCUCCUUGCAUUCACAAGAUCCAUUUCAUCUGCUGCUGAAACUGUGUUCAACAAAACAGCAUUGUAAAUUAUGUCAUACAGAAAAAAAAAAACAAAAAGAAAAAACUGUUCAUGGUGGGUGGAGAGAAUAUUAAAUAUUUAACAGGUUUUGAUUUAUAUGUGUAAUUUUUUAAAUUAAAAUGUAACUUUUUCUUACAGCACAUCUUUUGUUUUGGAUGUGGAACUGAGGUAUAAAAAAUGUUCUGUUGUAAAGCGUGGAGCAAAUUCUUAAGACAAGGUUAAGACUGAGUAGACUAGGGUACGAUCCUUGUUUUAAGAUUGUAAUUCAGAAAAAAAAAUAAUAUAAUAAGAAUCAUAGUGCCAUAGAUGGUUCUCAAUUGUAUAGUUAUAUUUGCUGAUACUAUCUCUUGUAAUAUAGCCCUGAUGUUGAGCUGAGAUCCUUACAAGAAUUAAUCUUAAUUUUGUAUUUUUUCUGUAAGGCAAUAGGCCAUGUUAAUUAAAUGGAAGAAGGAUAUAUUCUACUGGGUAUUUUCAAGUGUCAGCUUAAAAUUGGCAAUUGAAUGGAAGCAAAAUUGCAAGAAAGGGAAAUCAAAGUCUUCCAUUGUAUAUACUGCAAAGAGGAGGAGACAUGGGUUGAACCCUCCAAAUCAAAAGCUCUCUUUGGAAUGAAAAAUGUGGGUGUUUGUAAAUUCUGGAAAUUUCUUUCUUUUCAUAAUAAACUAGAGACUGUUGAUCUUUGCUGUUCCCCUUCCCCCACUUCUGUAAGCUUACUGCUCCAUUGUCACCUUUUCCCCCUGUGCACACAAUUAGGGGAUUUUAUUCCCUGCAUUGUCUUGGAAAGAUGGUAAGACAAGUGAGUGCUUGUUUUUCAUUUCGAGCCAGAAAUUAAAGUUCCCCCAAAGUGGUUUUUAAUCACGA